CCGUGGCGUGCCGGGGCUGGGGCUGUGUCGCGGCGCGAUGGGGCUGGCGGCGGCGCGGGGCUGGGCGCUGUCCCCGCUGUCCCCGGGCCCGGCGGAGCGCAGCCGGCCCUACGCGGUGCUGCAGCACCAGAACCUGGUGCUGCUGGGCAGCAUCCUCAGCGCGCUCCUGCUCACCAUCAUCCUCAUGGCCAUCUGUGUCUACCGGCCCGUCCGGCGGCGGUAGCGGAGCGGGACCCGCCGGGGCAUCGAGGGAAUGCUGCAUCCCACCUGGUUCUCCCACCUGGCAUCCACCAUCCCAGCACUGCUUCAGUCCUGCCGGUUCUCCCAUCUGGCACCCACCCUCCCGGCACUGCUCCGGACCCAUCAGGUUCUCCCAUCCGGUACCCACCGUGCCACCACUGCCCCAGACCCACCGGGUUCUCCCGUUCGGUACCCACCCUCCCAGCACGGCUCCGGUCCCGCCCGGUUCUCCCCUCCGGUCCCCGCCGUCCUUCCGCCGCUCCCGUCAGCUUCUGGGGAUGCCCUGAGGAUGCGAGCGUGGCUUUUCACCCGUCCCUGCCCGUGCUGUAUCACAUGGCUCCAUCGUGAUGUGGCUUCCAACAAAGGUCUGGCCGGGUGCUGGAAAUCACCCCCUCCCUCGGCCAACAGACUCCUGGAGCUCCUGGGGGCGUGUCCGCAGCAAACCCGUCUGGCUUGGAGCGGGGUCUGGAGCAAGGCGCUUUCCUCCCAAAUGGCAGCGUUUUGGCGAGGCUGAUCCGACACCGAUGUGCUCGAGAGCAUCCCCGGGGUGUGCAGGCACCCGAGGCCUGGCAUGUCACAAGAACAGAGCCAGUCUGGGGCCAUUGUCCGAGGAGCAGCUCCACGUGCUCAGUCACACUACGUCCACUUUUUGCUUUCUGAUUAAUUCAGUUCCUUGUUUGAACGCUGAGGCUUGGGGGUUGGAGCAGUCUGGGCUAGUGGGGGGGUGUCCCUGUCAGGGCAGGGGGUAGAACAGGAUGAGCUUUAAGGUUCAAAAGUAGUCCAAAGGCAAAAGCUCAGUGACCCAUCCAGCAGUGGGUGGGGGGUCUGGUCCGUUCUUGCAUCUGAGCAGAAACACUGAUGCACGACCUGAUCCUGGUGUAGUGUUCCUGGGCCAGGCUUUUCAUUCCCAACAUUAUUUGCUUUAACUCCUGGCUAAAACGCCCCAGAUAGCCUCACAUCAAACCAGCCCUGCUGAACCUGUUGGGAUCUGGGGUGCAGGUGAGGGAUUCCAGCAUGUGCUGGUCACUGUCCUCCUGGAAACAGGAGCCUCCAAAGGUCUGCAAACCAGGCAGAUGCUCUGGAAGUGUCUGAGCUCCAGCCAGACUCAUUUUCUGCAGUUUAGUAACAAGUGUUUACACUGAAUCCCACUUCCAUACAAAUGCUGCUGUUUUGUUUUGCACUGCUACAAGUAGUAACUGGAUUUUACUAAUUAUUACUUUGAUAUUUAACAUAGAGGUGUUUUGCUUAGUAAUUUAUUUAGAGUUUUUAAAUGUAACUUGCAGAAUGAUUGUUGUUGACCUGCUCUCUAAGCCCUUGAGCUGCAUCUGAGGUGAGUGCUGGCAUUGAACAGGGAUUUUCUUUCUGUUUAGUGAAAUGACAGAGUGAGCCUGGCCUCAAACAGAUGGAGUUAUUAAUCCAGGAGUGAGGCAGCGAGGCAGCACUGUUCUAUUGCUUUCUGCUUCUCCUUUUGCUCACUGAUUCCUGAUUUUUCUCGGUCCUUCAUCACUGUGAAGCCUGGCCUGCAGCCUGCGCUGCUCCUGGGGGUGGAUGGUGAAGCUCAGAGCCCCAGCUCUGCAUUCCCGGGAGCAGAAUUCCUGUUUGCUCUCAUUCCUCACUCCCUGCUAUGCCUCUUUGUACAAAUAAAACGCUCAGUAAACAA